GGGAUUUUGAAGGUGGUCUUAUUUCUAUUGUCCUUGCCGAAGGAUGUUGGUCUUCCUUUUCUCAUAAUGACAACUUCUGCCGCUCUUCCUCUUUGGGAAGCUGAGUUCUCAUGUUGGGCUGAUGCCAACAUUGUUGUGUAUAAAGGUAAUAGAGAUGUACGGGCCAUUAUUAGGACACUAGAGUUUUACAACAAACAAGGUGCCCUUAUGUUUCAGGUUCUUCUGUCGCGUUAUGAAGCUAUUGUUGAGGAUCUUGAAAUGCUUAAACCAAUAAGAUGGGGAGCAGUAAUUAUAGAUCAGUGUCAGGGUUCAUCCUUGUCAACGCAUCACUCACAAAUUAAAAUGCUCAUUGCUGAUAUGUGAUUACUCAUUUUUCAUCAGGUUAAAUGUGAUACAAAGUUCAAUCGCUGCAACAUUCUCUCUUUACUUGAUACGAAAUAUGACAAGGUCAACAAUGAGCUGUUAGACACUGAUUCCAACAUAGAUCUAACUGAAUUCAAGAAAAGGUUUAAGCACUUUGUUGCAUAUGAGUGCAAGUCCUCCGCAUCCAAGUUCAUUGAAUACGGGGUUCCUGUCAAACUCUCCAAUGAACAAAUUGAGCAAUAUUGCGCUUGCCUCUUUUCAAAUUCAACAUGGCUUUGCUCAUCUCUGAAGAAUGACUCACCAAGCUGCAUCUAUGAUAUACUUGUGUCUACCAGGAAGUGUUGUGAUCACCCUUACCUCGAAGAUCAAUCUCUGAAAGGCAUAGUUACGAAAGACAUUCCUGAAGAUCAGCACUUGGAUGCUGAAAUCAAACUAAGUGGCAAAUUGGAACUCCUCAAUAAGAUUCUUCAGGAGAUCAAACAACAAAGGGAAAAAGUCCUCAUUCUUUUUCGGUUUCUUGAUGGCUCGGGUGUUAUUUCCAUUCGCAAUAUCUUGGAUGAUUUGAUUUGUCAGAAAUUUGGUGGGGAUUCUUAUAUGAGCAUUAGUGGGAAUGUUCUUAGUCAAGUGAAAGAAGCUACCUUGAACAAGUUCAACGAUAAGGAAAGUGGGAAAUUUGCUUUGUUGAUGGAAACCAGUGCUUGUUCUCGUAGUGUGAUCAAGCUGUCAGGAAUAGAUACAAUUAUAUUGUUUAACAGUGACUGGGAUCCAAAUAACGAUUUAAGAUCCCUGCAGAAGAUUACAGUAAAUUCAAAGUCGGAGCAUAUAAAGGUACUACGUCUGUAUUCGUAUUUUACUGUUGAAGAGAAAGCACUAGUUCUUGCAAAGCAAGGUAUGCCUAUUGACAACAUAAACAGUAUAAAACAAGCAGCUUGCCAGGAGCUGCUAUCUUGGGGUGCCUCUUUAUCUUUACAACGUACAAUCUUCAAUCUAAAAGAGUUCAUCUGAAGUUGAUGAUUUAGAUUAUGUCUUUCCUGAACUUUCACGCUUAAUGUCUACUAACUGUGAGAACAGUGAUUACAAUGGUUGUUCAAAGAUAGUGAAAGUACAGAAGAAUGGAGGGGCUUAUUCAAGUGAAAUAUCUCUACUUGGUGAAGUGGAAAUGCAACGGAAAGAUGAUUCUUCUUUUGUGAGAGGAUUGCUGGAGAAUGAACCACCACAUGUUUUCUGGAAAUAUCUGCUGCACGAAAUGGCUCCUAGGUGGAAACGCGUGCCGAAUUCAUCUCGAGGGAGUAGAAGGAAAGCUAGACUCGGGGAAGAAGUUUGUGAAAAAGAGGGCAGUAGAGUUCAUCUGACUCAAGAGCCCAAGUUAAGGAAGAAACGAAUGCCGCGUCCUUCUGCUGGGAAUAAGCAUAAAAGCAGACGUAUUGAUGUAGUAAACGAUGCAAGUAUGAGAAGAAGAAACACCCAACAAGAUCACUGCCUUCCUGAUGCUUCCCCAAACACGUCUACUCUGCCUCAUUCCCCUAACCCAAACCCACUUCAAAUGGAGAUGGAGAGGAUACAAAAGGAGAAAGAACAAACUACUAAUUUGCUACAAGAUGUGAAAUUGCUCCUGAAAUCUCAAAUGGAAGAAGAGCUAGAUUCGGUCAGGAAGAAGUAUGAUUUGCUGUUUCAGAUUGCUGAAAAGGAAUCAGCUCAAAAGAAAAAAGAACUUGAUACAAUGUACAACAAAGUGCAUAUGCACAAGUUACUAGCUGAAGCAAUGACGACACAAUUACCCGAUACUGCUGAUACAAUUGGGAUACUAGAGAUGACUGAAGAUGAUGUUGGCAGGACUAUUACCGAAACUGGACAAUCAUCACCAAAUAGACCAAGUAGUGUCCCGAUGGCGACUGCAUCCAUCUCAGAACCUGUCAACUCAGAGCAACGAGCUGCUGAUCCUCAAUAUCCUCUGAGAAUUUUCCAAUGACUCUCAUUCCAUCACUGCUUGCUGAAUUGCCUAGAGUGGAAGAGUCAGCUGUAGUUCCGCGGACAAGUGGAAGGGCCACCUUGCAAAAGUCAUCCUCCUCUAAUCUGCCAACAAUUGGUUCAUUUGUGAACCCAAUACCAAACUAUCAAUCUGUCAUCCUUACACCAUCGAAUGCUGAAUUGUCUAGAAUGAAAGAGUUAGCUGCAGUUCCUUGGACAAGUGGAAAGGCCACCUUGCAAACGGAAUCAUCCUCUAAUCUUCCAACAAGUGGUUCACAUGCGACACCGACAGCAGAUUAUCAGUCUGUCAUCCUUACACCAAGUCAACCAUCGAUCCAAACUUUGAGUAAUGCAGCACGCCCUGGAGCAGGCCGUGAACACUGAGACCAGCUCCACAUCUGAGAUCAUUUAGACCACUGCCAACAAUGAAUUUAGAAUCCCAGCCUGUUGUAGCGGUGACACCACACUUUUAGUCACAUGGUGAGAUACCAAAAAUACAGUGCUCAAUGAAGGUGAUGAAACUUCUCACUGGGAUGACCAAAUUGGAUUUUGAUCAUUCAAUGAGUGGUGGACUGGUAAAGUUGCUGCAAUGUGACCAGGAGGUCAUGGGUUCAAGCCUUGGAAACAUCCUCUAGCAGAAAUGCAAGGUAAGGCUGUAUACGAUACACCCUUGUGGUGGGGCCCUUCCCCGGACACCGCGCAUAGCGGUAGCUUUAGUGCACCGGGCUGCCCUUUUAAUGAGUGGUGGACUGCCAGCAAGAAUUUGAUUUGCUCUAUGUGAAGUGGUAAUUGGUUUUGACUGGUCUUUAGAAUAGAAUUUCUAGGAACUCUAGGCCAGUUGUUUCAUAUAGCAGUAGUGUGCAAGUAACUGUUUGGCCUUUCAACCACCAUUUGUUUUGAAACUCUUGGCUUCACGCCUAUCAAAUACUGGUGUACAGGCAUGAACUUACCCAAUUUUAUACAAAAUGUCUUAUUUCUUGAAUGUUAA